UAACAAGUAGAUGAUCUUUCAGCUUCUCCUUUUCUUGUGUAGGAAGAAACUAAUAUAUACUAAAAAAAUCAAUAAAUAGGAACCAAAUUUCCUCUUCACAUCCACAGAGAAACUUGAAUAAAUUGAUGGGAUAAAGCAUAAAGUUGUGUUAAUCAAAAAGGAGUAACGAAGCUCUGUUUUCUUAAGUAACCAUUAACAAUGGCGUUGUUUCGGAAAUUGUUCUAUCGGAAACCGCCGGACGGACUGAUUGAGAUCGGCGGCGACAGAGUUUACGUAUUUGAUAGGUGUUUGACUACUGAUGUUUGGGAAGAGAAAAAUUAUAAAGGCUAUGUAGCAGGCGUAAUUAGCCAGCUUCGGGAUCAUCACCCUGACGUGUCAAUUUUGGCUUUCAAUUUUAGAGAGGGUGAGUCACAAAGCCUGAUUGCAAAUGAUCUGUCUGAGCAUGAUGUGACCAUAAUGGAUUACCCUCAACACUAUGAAGGAUGCCCUUUGCUCUCUAUGGAGAUGAUAAACCAUUUUCUUAGAUCCAGUGAAAGUUGGCUCUCCCUCGGACAGCAAAAUGUGCUCCUAAUGCACUGUGAAUGGGGUGGUUGGCCAGUUUUGGCAUUUAUGUUGGCUGCAUUAUUGAUAAAUAGCCAGCAUUUCACCGGGGAACAGAAGACCUUAGACAUGAUUUAUAAGCAGGCUCCUCGCGAGCUUUUGCACUUAAUGCUACCUCUGAAUUCGAUUCCUUCUCAGCUAAGAUAUUUACAGUAUGUAGCAAGAAGGAAUUUGAACACACAAGGGCCUCCCUUGGAUAGAGCCCUCACUCUAGAUUGCAUUAUUAUUAGGAUGAUACCUAACUUCGAUGGUGAGGGUGGUUGUCGGCCCAUAUUUCGUAUUUAUGGACAGGAUCCAUUGAUAGUUUCUGAUCCGUCUCCGAAGAAAUUGUUCUCAACACCAACGAAAAGUAAUGUUGUCCGUUACUACAAGCAGGCAGAAUGUGAAUUGGUCAAGAUUGAUAUCAAUUGUCAUAUACAAGGUGAUGUUGUCUUGGAAUGUAUUAGCUUGAAUGAUGACCGGGAAGAAAUAAUGUUUCGAACCAUGUUUAACACGUCUUUCAUUAAGUCAAACAUUCUGAUGCUUAGCCGUGAUGAAAUUGAUACAUUGUGGAAUGCUAAGGAUCAAUUUCCAAAAGACUUCAGAGCAGAGGUUCUUUUUUCAGAGAUGGAUGCUGCUGCUGCUGUAGUCCCUGUUGAAUCGUCUUGUUUUAAGAAGGAUGGCCUUCCAGUGGAGGCAUUUGCUAAGGUUUGGGAAAUCAUUAACAGUGCCGAUUGGCUAAAUCAAAAGGAUGAUGCUGCUAGCAGUAUACUCCAACAAAUAACUGGAUCAAAUUUAAUCCUGGAAAAGUUGGAAUCUCCGCCCGAGAAAAUAACCACUAGCAAGAUCAUUGAUCAAGCUUCUUUGGAGAAGCCUCAAGAGAGGCAGGAACCUGCAGCAUUAGAAAAUAAUGCUAAGGGCUUGACACAGCCUACUUUGGAGCAGCAGGUUGGGUCAUCCUCCAAAGCAUACCAUAGCAACAAACAAGAAGCUGUGUUUCAGCUUGUUGAAACCAAAGAAUCUAGUGCUUCUGUUACAUCAUCGCCAGUGUCAACUCAUGAACACAAAACAGUGGAACAUCCUUCACUUCAUGGACAAGAAUGUGGUCAGCUCAAAGAAGUUUCUUCUCUACCUGAAAUCAAGGACCGACCACUCAUGACAAAUGUUCUCACGUCGCCGUCUCCUCCACCUUUACUGACAAAGGAUCAAGGUAUUGCCACUGGAAAUCCUCUAUCUCCUGCUCCAGUGACACUAGCACUACUCACUCCACUCAAGGAUAAAUUGGAUGUACCUUCUCCACCGCAGCCUACUCCGCCCAGAGACCAAAGUUCUAAUACUAUAUAUUUGAAAGAUGAUACAACUACAGUAUCUCAACCUGACACAUCUCUGCUUCCUUUUGAGAUGCCUUCAAGUCCACGUGAGAAUGAAAUAAUUGCCAAAAAGGAACCGGAUCUGCCUACUUCCCCUUCUGGAAUUUCUUCUCCAUUAGACCCCACAUCCAAUAUCACACAUUUAGAAGAAAAGUUCGUUAGUAAGAGUGGGAUGUCGCCAUCAUCACCAUCACUGCCACCACCACUUCCUCCGCCAGCACCUACUUCUUCCCCAUGCCUGUUACUUACAACCCCUAGGAUGAACAAGAUUUGUUCCUCAAUAAGUGGACCACCUCAACCUCCACCUCCACCUACCCCGCCUUUGAAGGAAAGACUAGUUUCCAAAGGUGGAAUGCUACCGCCUCCACCUCCAUCUCCACCUCUUCCGCCUUUGAAGGAAAGACUAGUUUCCAAAGGUGGAAUACUACCACCUCCACCUCCACCUACCCCACCUUUGAAGGAAAGACUAGUUUCCAAAGGUGGAUUGCUACCGCCUCCACCUCCACCUCUUCCUGAGCAGCUUAUGAAGGAGAAUUCUUCUUUAACCGGAGCACCCUGUCCACCUCCACUGCCUCCUUUGCCUUCUUCACAGGCUUCUAACCCUACAGAUUUACAUGCAAUACCACUAGCACCACCUCCUCCUUCCUUGGUUUCAUCUCUCAAGGAUAAUAACAAUCUCCCAAAGAGUAUUCCUCCUCCUCCGGUUCUUUUUCCAAAGAUGAAUAAUCUGCCUGCUUCUCCAUCUCCAACCCCUCCUAUUGCUCCCCCACCCAGCAAAAAUAACCGACAACUGUUGUCUAGCACUAUGAAUUCAAGAAGCAAUUCAACAAAGAAGCUGAAGCCAUUGCAUUGGUUAAAGAUAAGUAGAGCAGUCCAUGGAAGUUUUUGGGCUGAAAUUGAAAAAUGUAGCUAUGCCUCCAAGUCAUCCGUGGUUGAUAUGCCAGAACUUGUAUAUUUCUUCUCUGUUCAAAAUUUAGACCAAGUCGGUUCAGGAAGGAACGGGAAUUCAAGGACCAAAUUUGGACAGAAGCUUCAGAAAGUGCAGCUGGUUGAUCAUAGACGAGCUUAUAAUUGUGAAAUUAUGCUUUCGAAGGUGAAGAUACCGCUACACGACAUGCUGACUUCAGUGCUUGCUUUGGAAGAUUCAGCAUUAGAUAUUGAUCAGGUGGAGAACCUGAUUAAGUUUUGCCCAACAAAAGAGGAAAUUGAAGUGCUCAAGGGUUAUAAAGGAGAAAAAGAGAAGUUGGGUAGAUGUGAACAGUUUAUGUUAGAACUGAUGCAAGUCCCACGAAUAGAGUCCAAGCUAUGGGUUUUCUCAUUUACGAUUCAGUUUCAAUCCCAGAUUUCUGAGCUAAGGAAUAAUCUGAAUAUAGUGAAUUCAGCAACUGAUCAGAUCAGAGGUUCAUCGAAAUUGAAAGGAAUUCUGCAGACAAUCCUGUAUUUGGGAAAUGCUCUCAACCAGGGAACUGCAAGAGGGUCUGCUGCUGGCUUCAAGUUGGAUAGCCUCCUUAAACUAACGGACACACGUUCAUGGAGCAAUAAGAUGACUCUCAUGCAUUAUCUUUGCAAGAUACUUGCGGACAAAUUGCCUGAACUACUUGAUUUUUCUAAAGAUCUUUCCAGCUUGGAACCCGCAUUGAAGAUACAACUGAAAUAUUUGGCAGAGGAAAUGCAAGCUAUUAGCAAAGGAAUGGAGAAAGUUGUACACGAGCUGUCCAUGUCAGAAAAUGAUGGAGUUAUGUCUGAGAAUUUCUGUAAGGCUCUAAAGGAGUUUCUUAGCUGUGCUGAAGGUGAAGUCAGUUCCUUGGCUCAACUUUUUUCUGGUGUGGGAAAAAAUGUGGAUUCGUUGAUUAUUUAUUUUGGAGAAGACCCUGCUCGUUGUCCAUUUGAACAAGUUGUCUCGACGCUAAUGAGCUUCCAAAGACUGUUCAAUCAAGCUUUAGAGGAAAAUCGCAAGCAGCUGGAGUUUGAGAGAAAGAAAGCAGAGAAGGAAGCUAAGGAGAAGCAGAGGACAAGUGCUUCAGAUCAUAAGAAGACUUGAAACUUUGAGCAUUUAGUGUAGUGUGAAAUAAUGUAGUCAUAUAUAUUCAGCCCCGGGCUUUGGUUCAAGCGUAAUGGUAGUACAACUAGAUGUGUGGUAGGCAUACAUCACGUGUUCGAGACAUUUUGGGAAGCCAAAUCUAGUAUUAAAGUUGAGAAGGAUAGAAGGGCGGGCCAGUACUCCACCAAGUUUCGGAGCUGGAGACAGCAGAUUUCUGAAAGAAAAAAUGUAGUCAUAUAGGGCUUUGGUUCAAAAGUAAAGGUAGUACAACGCGAGAUGUGGGGCAGGCGUAUGUACAUCGCGAGUUUGAGUCUUGCUGGGGAGCCAAAGUCUAGAAUUUGAGUUGAGAAGGAUAGAUGGGCGGGACAGUAAUCCACCAAGUCUCCCGGAGCUGAAGAAAGUGGAUUUUCAUUAUUAGAAAGAACAAAUGUAGUCAUAUAUCAAUCAGCAUGUGCUCCGUCAGAACAACAUCACUGACAUGUCUGCAGACGUGACAAAGCUUUCAAUAGACUGAAGCAAGCUCUCUGAGCUUUUUCACUAGUUCCAGAACUAUAUUGGAAGUUGUUGUAUAUCGUAGCAAAGCUUCCCAAGAUUGAAGAUUUGGGGAGUGAGAAAUCAGUUCUUGAUGGUGAACAGGCGAUGAUGUACUUCUCUGUUAGAUUUUCCGGCAUUGGUUGAGGGAGUGAACCGUUGUCUGUCUAUGCUCACUUCAUCAGCUAACUUUUUGAGGUUGAGCUAGGCCCGAGAUUCAUUUUCUUAACAAUUUCAGUGAAGUAUUGGAAAUUCUCCAAAUAUUACACGUUGCAUGGCUUCCCUUUUGAUCUUGAGAGUGAAGGCAGAUCUAAAUGUUGAUAUGGGAAAGUGGACAUUGUUUUGUGUGGAAAAGUUGGCAAUGCAGAGUGUACAGUUCUCUUACAGAAUGUAUAGGAAGCUGGUUAGUGGGCCGGAUAACUUUCCAGCAGCGGUGGAGAUAGGAUUUUUCACUAAGAGGGUCAUCAUCAUACAAAUUUCGAAAAUUAUAUUCAGAUGAGCCCCUUGUGCCCCUCUAGCUUGGCCUCCGAACUCCGAUACCAAGGUGUGUUAAAGUAAAUAUUCCUAGAGAUGACAUGUUCUUUUUGUUUUUAAAACAUUUUUCUGCUAUAUUAGUUUUGUUUUGUACUAGUGUUUUGUGUUCCCUACUCUCGAUUCAAUUGAUUUAUUAAUUUUUUUUUGCCCCC